UGCAAUGGCUGCCUGCAUCAGCAAAAUGCUUUGACGAGAAAAAAAUGCUUUAAUAUUAUUGAAUAUUCCUAUAAUCAUGGCCCGGCAUAGGAAUGUCCGGACUAUGAACUAUGAAGAUGAAUGCUAUGAUGAAGAUGAUUACCUCGGACACUCAGUGGAAGACAAUUACUGUAUAUCUCCGGGCACAGCUGCCCAGUUUACUUUCAACCGUGAGAAGGACUUUGAUUUGUCUACCUACAUGAGUAAUGAAAAGAUUCCUGAAGAGGAGGAAGGCUUUGACAGUGACACAGACCCUCAGUCUCUCAAUGACUCCCAGGGGUACAAAAAACCCACUCUCAGUGAUACAGACCAAGGAAAGUUGAAUUCUUGUUUAGAAGAAAUACGCAAUAUAAUUGGAGAUAACACCCCGGACCAUGUGUUAUGUCAGACCAUCAUCAGAAACAAAUACGACCUCCAGGCCAGUCUCAACGAGCUACUUACAACAGACGCAACUCCCAAGCCCCAGAGACAGCCAAGACAAAGUCGACGGAACAGACCACAAGGCGAUGACAAUGUUGAUGAUGAUUUAAAUAUGUUUAUUGAGUCACUUGAAUCUGAAUCACUAGAAAAAACACAUUUCCUCUCCGACCAAAACAGACAUGUAGGAAUUCUAAAAUUUGGUAAACAGUCUCCUGUAGUUGAUAGUCCUAUUCACAAUAAUGUGAGACAAAAUAAAACUGACAUUACUUCAUCAGAAUCGGCUGACUCCUUUAUAUCCAGUAUUGUAUCAAAUACUGCACUUGGUGAAUCAGAUAGUAGUCUCAAGGGAACACUUCAGCCUGCACAGCCUAAGGACAAGGUCAGCUUGCAUGGUCAAACCAAAAGUGCUGGAUUUUCACUAUCCAACCUGGCUAAACAGCACAGUGUAGGUGCUACAGGUCAGGAAGUGAGACUGGCUUCCCUGGCAAAACCAUGUGUAAAAGGUCAACAGGUGAUGAAGAACAAAGACUUGAGUAGUCUAGGAAAGCUUUCUCCUCAGACAACUGGGGUGACCCCACCACUGGAGGGAGCUACAGCUAGUGAACAGCAAAAUGCCAGGCAGCCAUUAACAUCUUCACAAUUUACAGGUGGAUCCCAGUCGGGGUCAAACAAGCCCGCAGGGUUGUCACUCACAGACUUGAUCAAACAAAGUGGAACAGACAACAAGGCUGGUCUAGGUGCCAAGGAUGCGUCAUUGAUACAUGGACAUGCAUCCAGAGUAUCGCUUGUAGAUUUGGCAGGUCAAAGGUCACAAUCGGAUGUAGGUGAAGUUAGCUUGGGAAGUACAAACACAAAAGUUUCACUUAGUGAUCUUGCUACGUCGUCCAAGUCGUCUGGCCCACUUAAACCUGUACAAAAGCCAGGUCAAUCUUCAAGCAAGAUUGGGAAAUCACUGGCUGAUUUGGCAAGUCAACACAAAGCAGCAACAGGGGGGGCAGACAUGAAUCCAUUGAAGCCAAAUUCUGUUGCAAAAAAGUCUGUGGUUUGUCAAUUGUCAGGUUUAUCUCUUGCAGACAUGGCAAAAAGUCAAAAGUCACAACCACUUAAAGGACAAACAACAAGCUGCAAAUCUCUGCGAGACUUGGCACCAAAGCUGAACAGGGUGGCCAAAACUCCAUCUUUUUCUGAUGUGUCAAAUCAAAGUAGAUCCAAAAAUGUCGAGCAAUGUGUAGAAGAAAGUAGCAUGUUGUUGUCUGGAAAGGCAGAACCUGUCUCCCUAGUCCAGGAGAAGAAUACCAGAAAUGAUGAACAAGCUUUGAGUGAUAAGUUUUCAGAGUUAAUGACUACAAAGAUUGACUAUUUUUUGGAAGAUGAAACAGAUCUCACUGACAGGGUCAGGAUGGUUUCACCAUCCAUUCUUGCAAAGACUUUAUCUUCAUCUUUUGUUCGUUCCAAACAGCUUGAUGCUAAAAAACGACUAAGAUUUCGGAAGUUUUCAUAUCGAGUGCAAAUGUGUAAAGUGAAAGAAAAUUUGGCCAUGGUAAAAAAAAAUAUUGUGUCAUUUGAUUUUUCAACACCAUCUCCAGACGACAUCAUAAAGGAAAAACAAAACUUAGCUUUCACACGAAGUGGAAGAUAAACUGAGAUUUUUCCAAAUGUUAACUGUUGUAUUUAGCAUGAUGUAAAUAAUUCUGUUGUUGUUAUUUACUCUUAACAAAUGAAUGAAUACUUGUCCUAUAAAAUGACACGGCUUAAUGUAAGUGUGUCAUUAAUGUGUACAGAAGCACUUGUAGUUGUUAGUGUGAUGAUGUCAUGAUAGUGUACUUAUGUACAAGGUUUAGUGCACUUAUGUACAAGGUUUAGUGCACUUAUGUACAAAAAGGUUUAGUGUACUUAUGUACAAGGUUUAGUGUACUUAUGUACAAGGUUUAGUGCACUUAUGUACAAGGUUUAGUGCACUUAUGUACAAGGUUUAGUGUACUUAUGUACAAGGUUUAGUGUACUUACUGUAUACAUAGCUUUGGUUUCCUUUUGUACUUCACUAUAAAAUCACAUUAUUUUACCUGCUAGUUGACAUUUAAGUACAAAUUGUAUUUAGUUCAUAGACAACACUGAAAAAAUUAGUUUUGCUUGCAAUUACUUGAAUUUUUUUAUAGUGAUCAUUUGUUACCGUUUAGUUAUUCAAUGUAAACUUUGUAUGAUAAACUGUGUCUAUUAGAUAAUGUAUAUAUUGUAAGGCUGUUUAUAUAGAUACAUAGUGUACAUACAAAGCAUGCUAAAGAAGGCUCAACUGAUCUAUUGCGAUCACCUUUUAUUUGUCAUCCAAAGGACUGGUGAUCUUAUGUCACGGUGCAGCGUCUGUUCAGUUGUCAAUCGUCCACCAACUUCUCAUUUAAAACACUACUAGUCCUGAAUGGCUCUGUGGAUUUUGGUCUGGAACAUCCUUGGGCAAAGGGGACUCAAUUUUGUAUAAACAGAGAGUGUAGCCUCCUGGGGGAGGAGGGCCAAUAUUGGGGACUUAGUAAUAAAUGUUUAGAUUGGGGAAAAUGAGAUUUCUCUUUUAAAUUCUUCUCUUUCUGUAACAUUGAAGGGAUUUUAACCAAAUUUGGUCAAGAGCAUGCUUUGGCACGAGGGACUCAAUUUUGUAUAAUUAUAAGCGAAGAGUGUGGACCUCCUGGGGGAAGAUGAGCAGGGCCUGAUGGGGGGAUCCUAGUGACACAUAGACAUGAAGAGGUGGAGACAUUCAUGCUAUCAGGAUUGUCCUGGAGGUCCAGACCAACCCCGAUCCCCUGGGGACAUAAUUAUCAUUAUUAAGCCGUAACUGUCCAUUAUUAUUUUUUAUAAUAGACACUACUGGCCUAAUAAUGGACAGUUAUCGAUAACAAAAAUGAUUUUAAGCAACAGCAAAUUUUAGAAGCAAAUCCACAAUUUACUUCCAACCUUCAGCUAUAUGGCUUUACUGGGUAUAUGUACAGUAAAAUACAAUCCAUUAAAUGCCACAGAAAGUUAUAAAGUGUUGGUUUACAUGUUAAUAUUGGUUGAAUUGUUUUACACUUUGCUUCAGCAAUUUUGUCUAUGCAUGCAACCUAAGUGCCUUUUUUGUAAACUUAAACUAUUGUUCUCUGUUCGAUUUGAUGUAUUAAUCAACAUGUCAUUACAUUAAAAACAUUUAUAAAUGAUGUUGAAAGUGAUACACUUAUAUCAUCUUUUCCUAAGAAAAACAUGCACAAACUUGAAAUGACCAAGCUGGACUGACUGAUAAAUACUCAGGAUUCAGUACAUCAGUAUUUGGAAAUGAAAAGUAUGUGAAUUUUUAGGUCACCUGAGACAAAGUCUCAAGUGACCUAUUGCGAUCGCCU